UCUCCACACAAUUUUCUAAAAGUGGAAACACCCAAAAACAUGCAAUGUGAGAGUUCAGACUCCUUUUAUUUUAAACAUCACAAAAACAAACGUGCUUGUGAAGGCACGCCAACUUCAUGUGGAGUAGACAAAACAGACUUUAAUACUCAGUUACAUAAUGAAGAUGAGACUGACACAGAAAAUUCAGGAACUUCACAGCUUGAAGACAGAGAAGUUUAUCACCAGGAUGGUAAAAAUGCAGAACACCUCAGAGAUGGUGCAUCUGAAAGUACUUUGGGAAUGCCAAGUAAACGAUCCUUUGAAAUGGACAAUUUCUACAAUAGUUUUCUGCAGGCUAAGAAAGCUCGCGUAGAAGGCAUUAUUCGUAACAUAAACAGUUCCCCUCACUCAAGUCUCAGCAAUGUAAAUCACCAUGACAGUGAUAUAAGAAAUGAGAAAAGCUACAGACACCUAUUACACCACAAAAGAUAUAAAAGUACUCAAAAACAAAACAAUUGGGAAGAGCAAAGUUGGUUGAAGUCUCAGCUGGAACAAAUGAGAGAGCAACUUCUUCAAUUUCAGGGGAAGCUGUAUCAAAUGUAUAAUGGUACAUCUGACAAUGAAGAUCUACUGGUGUUACAUGAAGGCAAAGCCACCAGAAUCAACGGUUUGAAACAAAACCGUAAAAAGAACAUCCUAGAAAAAAACAGUGACCAAGAAUUGGCAUCAUAUAAGUCAACAUGCACUAAUGCUGGAACAGAUGAAAUAGAAAAGGGUCAACAGUCUUCAAAACAAGUUGAAAAAAAUUUGGCAGAGGCUCUGAAAGAUGAGUUAAACACAGCUGUUUCACAAGUGGUUGAUUCUGUUGUGAGGAUGUUCGCACAGAAGUCCUUUGAUAAAGUUUCACCAUCUCAGCUUCCACACUCUGACACAAUACAUGAAGAUGACCAACAAAAGCCUACAAUUCAGCCUUUGUAUUGUACUGACAAAGUCUUAGCAGCUGUCAGUGCAGAUAGUAAUAAAGAGUAUGAAGAUGGACAGACAGAAGCAUUAUCUCUUGUUAUACAUAAAACUUUACCAAAUCCCCCUGAACAUAUUUCAUUCAGUGAUGAUGUCCAUCAACAAAAUGAAAUGGUCACAAAUAAGGAUUUUAUUACUUCUUCAUUCCAUCCCUCACAUCCACAUAUGCCAGUAAUACACUAUACCAUGGACAACAUUCCUGCUUUGCCAACGUCGAGCAGGGUUCAUCACAAGGACAGUACAUCAGCUGAUGCUUUUUGGGAAGGAGCCAGUCUAAGAACAAAGAUGUCUUCACGUCAUAUUGCUCAACAUCCAUAUCCAGUGUUUCACAUACCUAAUUCUGCAGAAGGUGUGAUUCCAGGCAAAUCUGUUGUAAAGGCAGAACAUGAAGACCAUCAAAGCAGGGCAGAAGCUUCUCUUUAUAAAGCUGCAUCAGAAGGUCUAACUCCUACACACCUGAAGAAAGCUAAGCUAAUGUUCUUCUACACACGUUACCCAAGUUCAACCACCUUAAAGAUCUACUUUCCUGAUGUCAAGUUUAAUCGCUGCAUCACCUCACAGUUAAUCAAGUGGUUCAGUAACUUCAGAGAGUUUUUCUACAUCCAGAUGGAGAAGUAUUCCAGGCAAGCUGUAGGCGAGGGAGUGACCAGUGCUGAAAAACUCACCAUUUUCCAUGAUUGUGAGCUUGCCAGGAUCCUCAACCAGCAUUAUAACAAAUCCAAUGACUUUCAGGUCCCGGAAAGAUUUUUGGAAGUAUCUCAGAUCACCCUGAGGGAAUUUUUCACUGCCAUUCUUAAAGGAAAAGAUUCUGAUCCGUCUUGGAAAAAGUCCAUCUAUAAGGUUAUAUGUAAGCUGGACAGUGAGAUACCAGCUGUCUUCAAGUCUCCUAACUGUCUUCAGGAAAUACUACAAGCAUAAAAUGGAUUUGUUCUGUGAUUUCAUAUAUGGCUCAAUUGCACUAAUGUUUUUUUUUUCUGUAAGGAUACAUUUCUGGAAAGAUGUUUGGCAAUUGUAAGGAACAUGUUAGUGAUGUUUUGGAUUGAACACUACAUAUAUAUUUUUUCAAUAAAUGAACAAAUGUUUCACUCUACUCAGUUUAAUUGCAGAAAAAAUCUCACUGCAAAAAGUUGUGCUUCAUUUUCUAUUGUCCUUAAAUUGUGUAAUUUUCUUAGUAAAUGUUAAGCAAGUUUUCUGGCCACAGUUGUUUCUCUGAUACUUGGUAAAAACUGCUGGAACUGAGACUCUUUCUGUAUGAUCUACAAGUAAGGUGUAGACUUUUUUUCUUUUUUCUCACUUUACUUGCUUUAUCCAGUAUCUGAUUUGGAGCAUGUAAUUUAAAAUAAUUGCCUAGUAAUG